AGUUCAGAGGUCAUCUGGCGUCAACACAUGUGCGUCCACUGUAGCCAUGCGUUUUGGUGUAGAAAACUUGUAAUUUGAGCAGUUUGUGGUUAUUAGUAAACCUAAGAAUGCCUAGAGACAUGUCAUCAAGCGAGGAUGAGGGCAAAAACACUGCAGGAUCAUCUGUAAAGCAGAAAGAAACUGAGAAGAAGAUGCAGCAGUACCAGUGUCCUGCUGACUUUGUGUCUUUCAGACAUAAGCCCUGCAGCAGCACUCUUAAAAAGAGUCUGGAGGAAAACAGCAAUGAGUUAUGGCUCAUUAAAGCUCCAGCCAGCUUUAAGCCAGAAAGUUUCAGUGAGGUGAAGGUCCCCCUCUCAGGUCUCAAGUCCCUGAAGGUUCCUACUGGAGCUAAGACAGGCAGUAAGCAUCAGAUCUACAGCCUCCUGGCCUCCCCCCACGGCACCUCCGGCCUGCGCCUGCUCACCAGCACCAAGAAGUCCUCACAUGAUGUGGUUUUCGGCCCCGCUUUUUCUGGCUUGCUGAACGUGUGUGAGACUUACGGAGACCGCAGCGCCAACCAGGCCCCCCAGGUCAUCCCCGCGGCCCCCGCACCCUCCAUCCCCCCGGGGCUAAAGCAGCGAUUCCACCCCUUCGGCAGCAGGACCCCCACGCUGACCUGCGUGGCAGAGAGCGAAGCAGACGGAGCCACAUUCGGGCCCUCGUCUGCAACUCUCCAACCCCUCGUAGUGAAGCGACCUGCAGGAGAAACAUGGCAGGUGGAAGACGAGGAAGGGCGGAAAAAGAAGAAGAAGAAAAAGAAAGAAAAGCGGAUAAAGACGGAAGGUGUGGAGGAGGCGGAGAGGGCUGUAAAACAGGAACCGGUUACUGAAAUACAGGAAGAAAUGACGGAGCUCCCCCUUCAGGAAGGUGAGGAGAAGAGGAAAAAGAAGAAGAAAAAGAAGGACAGGGAGCGAGAGGAGGUGGAGGAGGGCCUGGAGCCCAGUGUGAAGGUGGAGGUGAAAUGUGAACCAAUGGACACUUUGUAUGGUGAUGCAGUAGAAGGCUCUGGAAAAAAGAAGAAAAAGAAGAAGAAAAGCAAAACGGAUGACGACUAGUCUGUUGUUGUUCAAUGUUUAGUUUUGUUUAUUUUUUAAGCCUUGAGCCAGUCUGGGAGCCAUUACUACUAAUUCACUCCAGCAAAUUGACGGAUUACAUAAGGCUGGCAGGACACUCAGAAAACAUGGAUUCAUUGACUUUAGGGCCAAUGUUCCUCUCAUUGAGGCUCAGAAAGGGAUAUUUCACACAUAAAGAAUAUGUGCAGCCACAACCAUCUUUGAGAACAAAGCAAUAAAAGUCAACACUGGGACUACUUCAGCAUUUCUGCCAGUUUCUGUCAAGUUUCUGGGAUUAUGCUCACAUCCAAGCUGGUCGCUGGCGGAAACCAGUGAUGACACAAACACGGAAUAAGAUUCUCUGUCAUGACAUGUUAUUAGAUUUUUGUUCCUGAAGGCUCUUAGUAUGUGUUGGAAAACACAUGUUUCAAAACUGCAGAAACAAUUAAAGGAAUUGUAAAUGAAA